UUUCUUUUACAGUUUUUUUUGCAAUCAAUUCUUGAACAAACACGAUGACCACACUGACUGGAUCAGACUCAAACUUCACCUUCCUGGAGGAGGGAUUCUGUGCACGGGAUAUCGUGGAACAGAAGAUCAACGAGCCAUCCUUAUCGGAUGACAAAGAUGCCUUCUACGUGGCUGACCUGGGUGACGUCCUGAAGAAGCACCUCCGUUGGUUGCGUGUUUUACCCCGAAUCACUCCGUUCUACGCAGUGAAGUGCAACGACAGCAAGGCUGUUGUCUCGACACUGGCGUCUCUGGGAGCGGGAUUCGACUGUGCGAGCAAGACGGAGAUCCAGCUCGUGCAGUCUGUGGGUGUGGACUCCAGCAGGAUCAUCUAUGCUAACCCCUGCAAGCAGGUGUCUCAGAUCAAAUACGCCUCCGCUCACGGCGUGCAGAUGAUGACGUUUGACAGCGACGUGGAGCUCAUGAAGGUUGCACGAUGCCAUGAUAGUGCCAAACUGGUUCUCCGUAUCAUCACUGACGACUCCACGGCCGUGUGCAGAUUAAGUAUGAAGUUUGGUGCCACGUUAAAGAGCAGCCGGUUGUUGCUGGAGAGGGCGAAGGAGCUUGGGCUGGAUGUGAUCGGAGUCAGUUUCCAUGUGGGCAGCGCAUGCACUGAUCCGGAGACAUACAGGCAGGCCAUCUCAGAUGCACGCUGUGUGUUUGACAUGGGGGCGGAGCUGGGAUAUAACAUGACCCUGAUUGAUAUUGGUGGAGGCUUUCCAGGCUCAGAUGACACCAAACUGAAAUUUGAAGAGAUCGCUGCUGUGAUUAACCCUGCACUGGAUAAAUACUUCCCUGCUGACUCCGGCGUAAGGAUCAUUUCUGAACCUGGCCGCUUUUACGUGGCGUCUGCAUACACACUGGCGGUCAACAUCAUUGCCAAAAAGGUCAUCAUGAAGGAGCAAUCGGCCUCUGACGAAGAAGAGGAUGGGACCAAUGACCGAACCUUGAUGUACUACGUGAAUGAUGGCGUUUAUGGUUCCUUCAACUGCAUUCUGACCAACCUUGCGCAUGUCUUGCCCACUCUGCACAAGAAACCCAAGCCUGAUGAGCGCAUGUACCCAUGCAGUAUUUGGGGACCCACCUGUGAUGGGCUCGACCGCAUUGUGGAGCAGUGCAGCCUGCCGGACAUGCAGGUGGGCGACUGGCUGCUGUUCGAGAACAUGGGUGCCUACACUGUAACCAUAUCCUCCACCUUCAAUGGCUUCCAGAAACCCGAUAUUUAUUACAUCAUGUCCCGAACAGCCUGGCAGUGCAUGCAGCAGAUCCGUGACCAGGGGAUUCCACUUCCUGCUGAGGAGCAAAGCUCUGGUAACAUGCCAUCGCACUGCGGGCGCGAGAGCACCCUGGACGUGCCAGCCAAGCCAAGCCCUACUCAAAUGCUGUGACGCUCUCUGACCACCACAGCUUGAGCCAGUUCUCAU